UUUUCUUUGUGUUUUCCAGAAAUUAAAAUAUUUUCCUGAAAUUCAUCACCAACAACCAGGAUAUUUAACUAAGAGCAAUGUUAAACUGCUGAAAGAGGUGAAGCACAAGCCGUCCUGAAGAAUCUCCAGAACACGCAGAAAUUGUUUGCUACAUUUAAAAGACAAAUGAAGCAAAGUCCUGACAUGGAGAAACAUCAGCACUCUGCCAAGAGUUUUACUAAACAGAGUGAUCUCAAAAAACACCAGCGCAUUCACACAGGAGAGAAACCGUAUCACUGCUCAGACUGUGGGAAGAGUUUUAAUCAACAGAGUAAUCUCAAAAAACACCAGCGCCUUCACACAGGAGAGAAACCGUAUCACUGCUCAGACUGUGGGGGGAGUUUUAAUCACCAGAGUAAUCUCCAACGACACCAGCGCAUUCACACAGGAGUGAAACCGUUUCACUGCUCAGACUGUGGGAAGAGUUUUAAUCAACAGAGUAAUCUCAAAAGUCACCAGCGCAUUCACACAGGAGUGAAACCAUAUCACUGCUCAGACUGUGGGAAGAUUUUUACUACCCAGAGUGAACUUAAAAAACACCAGCGCAUUCACACAGGAGAGAAACCGUAUCACUGCUCAGACUGUGGGGGGAGUUUUAAUCAACAGAGUCAUCUCCAACGACACCAGCGCAUUCACACAGGAGUGAAACCGUAUUACUGCUCAGACUGUGGGAAGAUUUUUACUACCCAGAGUGAUCUCAAAAGUCACCAGCGCAUUCACACAGGAGAGAAACCGUAUCACUGCUCAGACUGUAGGAAGAGUUUUAUUACACAGAGUAAACUUAAAAUACAUCAGCGCAUUCACACAGGAGAGAAACCAUAUCACUGCUCAGACUGUGGGAAGAGUUUUAAUCAUCACAGUCAUCUCAAAAAACACCAGCGCAUUCACACAGGAGAGAAAAAUGUCCCAAAUUUGUCCCAUGGCAAUUAAAAGCGCAAAUCAUAAAUUCCACCAGAAACAAAUAUGAACUGUAUUUAACAAUGGAUUUUACAGGUUCAGCAAAACUAUUCUUAUCCAGGGAUGAUGUGUAUAGAAUUCCAUGUUAUGUUUGUAUGUCUUGUAAGUUUGAAUAUUCCAGGACAUUCUUUGUGAGACAGAGCUCAGUUUUUAGGUUAGUUACUGUUGCGCAGUAAGGUUGCAGGCUCAUUCACUCCCUCUGCUGGUGUUCUUGUUUGUCUAUGGUUCAGUCCAAUUAAAAAUCUGUUACUAUAGAGGGAUACAGAGGGAUAUUUGGUUGUGUUGUAUUACUCAAGUUUUAUACUCUCUUAUCUUUUCCUUAUUGAAUAUUAAAUGUUGCUUAUGUUUUUUUUAAUCUCCAAAUUUACUAAGAAUAUCCAAAUAAUGUAGUUUCUUAAUUGUUUUUAUCCAGUACAAACUAUUAUCUUUGUAUUACUUCAC